GUUUGCAGCAGGUGUUCGCAGAGUGCUUGAGAGUCCACGUGUUUUUGCUGAACUUGUAAAAGAAACACCUGGAUGGUGGACUAACAAGAACACUGACCUUCUGUGGGGAGCUUCCUUCAUAUUGGAGAACACUGAAUUUUCACCCUAGUCCAGCAGCUUUGCUGCUCACGUAAAUACAGAUGAAUGAAGACCCCAUUCGGGAAGACACCUGGCCAGCGGUCCAGAGCUGAUGCAGGCCAUGCUGGAGUAUCUGCAAACAUGAUGAAGAAGAGGACAUCUCACAAAAAACAUCGGACCAGUGUGGGGCCAAGCAAGCCUGUGUCCCAGCCCCGGCGGAACAUCGUAGGCUGCAGGAUCCAGCAUGGGUGGAGAGAGGGCAACGGCCCUGUCACCCAGUGGAAGGGAACUGUCCUGGACCAGGUGCCCGUGAAUCCUUCCCUAUAUCUUAUAAAGUACGAUGGAUUUGACUGUGUUUAUGGACUAGAACUUAAUAAAGAUGAAAGAGUUUCUGCACUUGAAGUCCUCCCUGAUAGAGUUGCAACAUCUCGAAUCAGCGAUGCACACUUAGCGGACACGAUGAUUGGCAAAGCAGUGGAGCACAUGUUUGAGACAGAGGACGGCUCUAAAGAUGAGUGGAGGGGGAUGGUCUUGGCUCGGGCACCUGUCAUGAACACGUGGUUUUACAUCACCUAUGAAAAAGACCCUGUCUUGUACAUGUACCAGCUCCUAGAUGAUUACAAAGAGGGCGACCUCCGCAUCAUGCCCGAUUCCAAUGAUUCGCCUCCAGCAGAAAGGGAGCCAGGAGAAGUUGUGGACAGCCUGGUAGGCAAGCAAGUGGAAUAUGCCAAAGAAGAUGGCUCCAAAAGGACUGGCAUGGUCAUCCACCAAGUAGAGGCCAAACCCUCCGUCUAUUUCAUCAAGUUUGAUGACGAUUUCCAUAUUUAUGUCUACGAUUUGGUGAAAACAUCCUAGAUGUCAUCACGAACUUUGCCAAAUUUGUGGAACUAUUAAAUGUAUAAUUUGUAGACAUAAAGACUUGAUUGCUUUCCAGUUUAAUGAAAGCUUAGAUGUCCCUGCGAACCCACAAUCUCCACCAGCAGAGCUGGUGUUGUUCUGACUAGUGCAGAUUGAUUCGAACACAAGGCAUCUGUGAGGGGAUCAUCUCUCUUCAGAGCAUCUGUAUGAGGGGAAUCUUCCCUCUUACAAGAAGACUGUCUGUUGGGGUUACAGGCAAGGUGGUAAAAGUUAAGCUAGUAUCAUAGUCAUUUAAAUCUGAAUAGGUCGUAACCAUUUUCUCCUUUGCUCUUAACACUGUCUUAUUCUGCUGCCACAAUGCAAGCAUAGUUUGUUAUUUUUGUUACUGCCUUUUUUUGAGAGAUUAUGUAUCUAUAGCUACCUGUCUAGAUCUGCACCUGUGUGCCUAUAUUACACACACACACACGCACACACACAGGCGCACACACACACACACACACACAGGCACACACUCACCACUGGCAGUCCUUUCCUCAUGGAUUGAUGUGGGGGUGAUACAGUUUUCUCCAGUUCAACAGGAGUGCUUAACUCAAGUCAGUCGUAUUUAUGAUAUGCCUGCUCUUUGUUUAAAAUUAAAUUGGGGCAUAGGACGCACACAGGGGCAUUUAGAUUGUUUUGCAAAUCAGAAUUUCAGAGUAUCAUUUCUUUUGGAGGCUUUUAACCAUAAGUCCAAAUGUAAAUUAGUUGUAAACAGUUAAUGACCCACAGUAGAAUUUAGUAAAUUGUUGUGAAAUCUGGGUAAAAGGCUGCCUUCAAUUCUAAGCUUUGUAAUCAUUUUUGUUGUUGUUGUUGUUUACACUUCAAUCAUAAAUACUUUUUAAGUAAAAGCCAGGUCCUUGGUUCACAUGGUACCAUGAAGGUGUGCUUUAGAUGGCACAUCUGGUCUAUUUGUACACAUCAGUUAUCAAAAUAUUAGUACAUGGGUUUAAAAGGCAACAGUAUAUCAGUGGUUUGUGUGUGUGGUAAAUUCCUGGAAGAACAGUGCGUUUGUAAUUCGAAAUGGAAGUUUUAAAAAUGGCAUUGUUGCCUUCUAACAAGUUCUCUGGGACUUUUUAAUUUUUAUUACUAUUAUUGUUGACAUAUGAUUAUGAUCAGAAGGCCUCAUCUCCCUGCCCCUUCCCCCUGGCUUUCCUUUUUCCCCCCCACAGAGAAUGUUGGACAAACACCAGCCUCCUGUCUUGACUGGUUGUGGAGGUGUCUCUGUUCUUGCUCUGGGUGUGCUGUUGAUGCAGGUUCAUUCCCUCUGUGGCCCAGGCUUUGCAUGUCAGUAAUGUGUUACUGUAGAAGGCUCAGGCAUCCUUGUUGGCUUGUGGGUAUAAUAGCAACUCUUCACCACAGGGCCCUUUCAUGGCUUAUUCCUGCAGGGUUGUUUGUAACUGAAGUAGAACUGAAAAUGUGGUUGGUUGACCAGCCAACUGGCCACUCUCACUAGUGGUUUGACAGCUAGAGAAAGGCCAUAUGUGAAAACCAGUCUUUUGUAGAGAUUGGAACUCUUACCUGUGGCUUGAGCAGACCCCACAUAGGCAUGCUAUCAGACAAACACCAGAGGUUUAGAGUUCAGGUCUGCCUACUUCUGUUGGGGCUCUUCCCGAUAUAAGAGAUCAUUCCCUGGUGUUAAGGCCUCUCAGUGCAUGGUCUGCUGGAUACCCAUUUUAGCCUUCACAGAGGCUGAUGCCUUAUGCUUCUGGAUGGUCAUGGUUCUCAUCAUGUGAAAACAGUACCUCAGUUCUCUGUCCCUGGCUGCAGUCACCCUUUGCAUUUCCCAUGUGCUCCCAGGGACAAGCUUCUCAAAGCAGUGUGAUAGACCCUAGUCUUUGGUGCUUCUAGUACAUGUGACCAGGUGUCGUCCUGCAGGUCUGCUGUGUGUCUUCCUGCAUGUAAAUCUCAGUGUAGAGCCUGGUUCCUGCAGCCCAUGCUGACAUUUGUGGCACAAAUAAGUGAGUGUGUCUGGCAUGUACUGACAGUGCAGAACAUGGCAUGAUGACUUCAGGCUGGAAAGGAAGUUCCUUUUGAAGUGUUCCUUUUGAGGGUUAGGUAAGUUGAAAUAUUUCUGCCCUUAUUAAAUGACUUGCAUUGUGGAUUUCUGCAAGCACCUAUGGUGACUUUGGUGCACUCAUGAUCUCCUGGUGUAGAGGACUGCAACAUCAUGAUGAUGGCCUGGAUCACUGUUCCAUUUAUUACCCUGAGGGCUGGGGAAGGGGAAGAGUUUUUUGGUUGUUUUUCCAUUUUCCCCUCAUUCUUUCUUUUGGUGGCUUCCACCAUGGUUAAUGGUGACUGACUCUGCUCCUGAGCCCUGCUACCUUGGGCUUCCUUCAGGCUCAUGGUCAGAUCUGCAUGCGUUGCUUGCAUUGUUCUGGUAUCUGAAUGUUGGUUCCUUGUUUAGGAGUUUAACAUUAAUUUCCAAAAUUAUCAUGGGGCUUGUGGCAACACAAGGCGUGAAUCUGUGUAUAAAAUUUAUUGGCCUUCCUCACUUACCUGCUCUAGUAUCGUAUCGUGUGUGCGUGCGUGUGUGACGUCAGGCUGCCACGUAAACUUCAGAGAAGAACCUUAAAAAGCAGACCAUCCUUUUUUGCAUGCUCUAAGUAGAAUGUUCAAUGUAACUAACUAAAUUGCAUGUUAAAGAGACUUAGGUUUUUUCUUUCUUUCCUUUGAUUUGCUUUCAGUUCCCUGUAUAUUUGCUUACUGUGCUGUUCUAGUGGUUGUAGGAUAACGAUGCACUGGUGAAGCAAACGUAGCGCCGAUGAAGGUGAUUCCAGUUGUAUAUGUCACGCAGCAUCCGAAGGGACUGUGCACGCUCUAAAAGUCACAGUUGCUUCUAAGCCAGAUUUCAUUUUUGUUCUUGUUUUAUGUGCCAAACCCCAAAGUGCAUUGGGCUUGAAUCUCUGAACACUGUAGACCCAUUAGAAAGAAGACUGUUCUGAUUGUCACAAAUUGUAGUGCCUGAAAACACUUACGCUGAUUGUCUAUGAAGUGAAAAUCCUCCCAAGACAAACAGGAACAGUUGUGGAGAUGCAGUGACCGUGGAGGAUAUCUGUUCCUUGGGAUGCUGCGCUCUUUGUACUCCAUCCAUUGUUGGUGCAGUUUGAAUGAGCGAGUGGAGUUCAGAGGUCUUUGUGCUCACGUUUAAAACUAGGUAAACGACCUCAUUUUUUGAGCUUGAAUUCAUUUUUAAUUUUAAUUUUAUUUUAUACAGUGUGUAGACAGUUCCCUGUUCUCUGCAUUUAGAAGUAUACACAGUAUAAAUCUGUUAAUUCUGUAAGUAAUUUUUAUAAUUAUGAUGUAACUCUAUCCUUCCUUAAAACAUUCAAAAUAAACCCUUUAUGUGCAACUUC